AUGUCGUGGCAAGCCUAUGUUGAUUCCAGCCUCGUCGGCAGCGGCCACAUCGAUAAGGCCGCCAUCGUCUCCAUCGCUGGUGACAGCGCAUGGGCCACAACCGCCGGCUUCACUCUCUCUGCUGGUGAGAUGAAGGCGCUGGCCGACAUCUAUGCCAACCCCGCCAACCAGCAGAAGGCCCAGGCCGAGGGUAUCUACAUCGCUGGCGACCGCUACGUUGUUGCUCAGAUUGACGACCGAUCCAUCUACGCGCGCAAGGGCAGACUCGGUGUCUGCAUUUGCAAGACGAAGCAGGCCAUUCUCGUUGGCCACCACGGCGAGGCCAUGGUUGCCGGUAACUCGAGGCAGACCGUCGAGGUUCUCGCCGACUACCUCAUCGGCGUUGGCUAUUAA